GGGGAAGCGUACAGUGAAAGAAGAGGCUGCCAUAUUGCAGUGAUACAGCGACUUUACCUGACUGAGGCUUCAACACCGCUGUCUCUCUGUAACAAAGAUGCUUUCGGCGCAGGGUUUUGGAGACACUGGGAAAAUGAAAGAAUAUCACUAUACUGGUCCAGUAGAGCACCGGUUCUCACCGUACGCUUUCAACGGAGGAACUGUACUAGCUGUUGCUGGGGAAGACUUCGCCAUCGUAGCCUCAGACACCAGGCUGAGUGAAGGCUACUCAAUCCACAGCCGGGACUCACCGAAAUGCUACAAGCUGACAGACACAACCGUCAUUGGAUGUAGCGGUUUCCAUGGCGACUGCCUGACUCUGACCAAAAUCAUUGAUGCCAGGCUAAAGAUGUACAAACACUCAAACAAUAAGACAAUGACCAGUGGAGCCAUUGCAGCCAUGUUGUCUACCAUCCUGUACAGCAGGAGGUUCUUCCCCUACUACGUGUACAACAUCAUUGGAGGACUGGAUGAGGAGGGCAAGGGAGCAGUGUACAGUUUUGACCCAGUGGGGUCUUACCAGAGAGACACCUACAAGGCUGGAGGAUCAGCAAGUGCCAUGCUACAGCCGCUGCUUGACAACCAGAUUGGUUUUAAGAACAUGGAGGGUGUGGAGCAUGUCCCUCUGACUCAGGACAAGGCGGUUCAGCUGGUCAAAGAUGUCUUCAUCUCGGCCGCAGAGAGAGAUGUCUACACCGGAGAUGCCCUUCGGAUCUGCGUCAUCACCAAGGAGGGCAUUAAAGAGCAGACUAUACCUCUGAGGAAAGACUGAGGAGUAAAAAUGAUGUUUCCAUCUGCCUCUGCUUUCUUCUGUUCUUUCCACACUCACCCUGUUGGUUUGGCCCUUUUACAUCAGGUUUCUUAGAACAGGAGUUUUGAUCCAGAGGUUGCUUCAAGUGACCUCUUAUCUGAGGCUUUUACUGGGGGGCUGAUCAGUUCAUUAGGACCAUUCAUUUCAAAUGAAUGCUCUUCUCCCGUUUUCCAUGAUUAUUCCCUUUGUGUUUUUGCCAAUAGUACAUCCUUGGUUUUGUGAAUAGACAACCUGAUUCUAGAUCAGCACUCCUGUUCUGAGAAGCAAGGUCUUCGCUCACCCCUGCCUAGACUCUGCCUCUGUUUUUUCAUUAUGUUUUGGAGAGAUUCAGAUUCUGCUAUUCUUUUUACAUUCUUAAUAAAUGUAAAGAACUGAUAAA